AUGCAGUAAUUCCAAUAAACACAAUUUGAAGUUUCUCUCUCUCUCUCUACAAAGUCUACAAUAAUAUAUCACUAUGGUGAAGUGUGUCGAUGCCACCUGGGUAGCCAAACAAGACCCUCAGUCUAUUCUACUUCUCGACACUAGAGAAGUCUCAGAAUACAAUGCCGGCUUCAUACCUGGAUCUGUCAACAUCUGUUGCACAGGAAUGAUUCUGCGAAGACUCAAGAAUGGAUCGCUUAAAGUAGAGUGUCUUCUAAACUUGCAAGAAGACAAAGACAAGCUUGAACUAGCCAAAGAAGCAGAAUGCGUUCAAGUAAUUGUCUGUGAUAGACACUCAAGAUCUCUAGAUGAUCUGCAAUCUGACUCGGUUGCAGCUCUGCUCCUCAAAAGACUUUCAAGAGACUGUAAAUUCGUUGCCUUUCUGUCUGGAGGUUUCGAGUACUUCGCGCAACACUACCCUCAACUUUGUGACUUGGAAAUGACAAGAAAUGACCUUCUCCAAAGAAGACCAAGCAGCCUUGUUCUGCAACUCUCAAACAUAGCACUGGGUGUAACUGAACAAGCCAGCAAUGGCUCAGACUCCGAAGAGUCUUCUCCAUCAGAAGCAGCUGGACAUGCACCUUACGAGAUACUACCUCAUCUUUUCCUGGGCUGCAGAAAAGUGGCAGCAAGUUUGCAACAUCUCAAAGACAGCAGAAUUACACGAAUUCUCAAUGUCACUUCUUCAGAACCCAACAACUUUGAAAGCCAGGGAUUUGAGUACAAACAGAUUGCUGUGGAAGAUUCACACGAUGUAAAUAUGCUUAAGUAUUUGCCAGAUGCCUUCUGUUUUAUCGAAGACGCCCGAAUGAACAACGAGAAAGUACUUGUACACUGCCACGCUGGCAUGUCGAGAUCAGUGACAGUGAUUCUAGCCUACCUCAUGAAGAAUUACCAUCACACUCUGGACAGUGCCUACGACUUUGUGAAGCAAAGAAAACAGAACAUUUCCCCUAACUUUGGUUUCAUGGGUCAGCUUCUCGAAUACGAAUGCAGUCUCAGAUCAAGCCCAGCCGACUCUGGCUUCGGAGGCUCUGCUAAUGGCAGCCCAAUGAACGGACAUAUAUUUCUUUCAUCUUCACCACUUGUGCUACCUAAUGUUAGCAGGUCUUUUGUUUUAGCCAAUUAAAUUAUUUGUAAUUUCAUGUUUGUAUGUUUUAUUGGCAACCACUCGCUUGUUUGUAUGUGAUUUUUGUUCUGUGCUACUUAUCCUAAUCCACCAAUUUGAAAAGAAAAUCUUUCAAACUUACAAA